CGCGCCUGUCACAACGUUGUCUUGCAAGUUGCCAAAAUUCCUUGAAUGACUUGAUGGGCUUCACUGGGCUGGCACGGUGGAUAAACCCUCCUACUUCCGGCUUGGAACUCAUAACCGAAAAUAUCGUUCGAAAUCAUCAUGGUCAAAGUAGAGGAAGAUGGAACCUCAGCAUUCGGUCGUACAGGUCUACCUUCGGAUCUAUACCAGGCUUACAGAUUCCGGCUGAACGUUCGAUAUGCGCUCUUACAAUGAAUGAUAAUGUUUUCGUAUUGCUCGAAGACCCAGCCGCUCCCACACGAGCAGACGUUCUUGCGGGCAUACAGAAUAUAACAUCUCCAGCGGACGGUGGUCCCUCGGCUUCAGCCAUGGUCCCUCCACACUAUCGGACUGCGUAUUUGACUCUUCGGCCCCCCGGUGCUUUGGAACAAAUCCUCGGUCAACUCAACGCCCGCUGGGUACCUGUUAGACAGGUUUCUACUUCCUCACAACGAUCUCAAGGCACAGCCCAGCAGCUUUCCGUCGAAGGACACGUCUUCGCUAUUGGUAGCGACUGGCUUGUCCGCGUUGGGAAUGUUAUACUUGCUGGAGGCGCCGUGAAAGGUAUGCUGUUGGAGGCUGAGUACCUCCCUCUACCGGUUCUUCACUCACAAUCAGCGGAUGGUACUUCUGAAUUACUAUCUAACAUGCUACUCUCAGUUCUUCCAAAUAUCCGGGACGCGAAAACGGUGGCAGUGGCAGUCAGUGACUCCCAGUGGGAAGAAGUGCUCUGGGACCGCGAAGAAGAAGAGAGGCAGGGCCGUGAGACCAGUUUGCCUAAGGAUCUAGAUGAUAUCUUCGUGACCGGCGACGAAGGGCUUCCGUGUCAAAAAAAGGGUGAUUGGAUCGGCGCUGACAGAGACCGUAGAUCAGCUUUCUUGAUUAUUGGUGCUCUGAGGUCUGAGGGAAUACUGUAAAUUGGUACUGUGUUAUAUAUAUAUGUAACAAUUUAGUGACUAUGCUGUCAUGGACUCGCACAG